AUGUCUCCCCCCUCCCAGGAUACUAUGGGCACCAUGUUGACGACCGUUCGCGGCAGCCCUGAGUCAUUUUCGUCAUUCUCGUCGCUCGAGGCAGUGAUGGAUUGUGAGCCGCACCUGCCAUCCAGGAUACCAGGUGCUGUGGUGUUAUCUGCACCCUCAAUCUCCGUCCUCAAACAAACUGCCGACGAUGUCUAUCAUCGACUCAACUCCGAGGCGUCCUACGCGAACCAGUUCAUCGUCGUGCAGAAUAUUACCCAGUCGCUACAAGCGUUACUCUCCGGAGACGAUAAUCCUGUUGGUCGUUAUACCAGGUUAACACUCGACAAACAGCAUCAGCGGGCAGUCUUUCGAGUCAUGUCUUCAUCGGAUCACGAACGCGUCACACACCGCUUCAUGUACUGUCUCCUUGAAAAACUACACGAUAUAGGAAUUCAUCGAGACUAUUUCUACGUCGAAGGGAUCACGCGAUUUCGGGGUAAAUUCAGCGAAAAAGAACCUGACAACGCCUUCACACCCUUGGCCAGUCUGCAUGAUAAUCCCGAGUGGCCCUCCCUGGUUAUUGAGACUGGUCUCUCAGAAUCGGACGCCCAAUUACGGAAUGACGCGUAUUGGUGGUUCUCGAAUUCCGAUUAUAAAGUCAAUAUAGUGCUUCUCAUUUCAAUCAAGAGGCAACCCGAGCUCCGUGUCACCUUCAAACUCUUCAAUCUCAGGUCCGCGAAUACUCGAGUCACGCGCGGACUACAAGCCGAGGUCAAUCGCGCGCUGUCGUUGGAUGCUACCUCCGCUCAAACGGCCCCGCCGUCAAAGCCGCAAUCUCGCUUGGCAGCUGAAACGACUAUUGUCACUGCAACUGAUGUCGACAAUACCCCGCUGAAACUGCCGUUUGAAACUCUCAUGCGCCGUCCGCCCGACCCCAACACGAAGGAAGGGGACCUCAUCUUUACUACUGACGACCUUCGUUAUUGCUGCCACUCCGUUUUCUCGGCUUGA